AUGCUUGACGACAAUAAUCUUUUCCAACGUGCUGCUUCAUCAGCCUACGCAUCUAUGGCUGCAUUUACUGCUGCUGCAAAUAUGUAUAAUUCAUUUUAUCCAUCAACAUCAAAUUCAAAUACAACUAUGGAUCCGGUGAAUUAUUUUGGUUGUUCAGAUAUGAAAAGAGAAAGACUUGAUUCAAAAGUUCGAGUUAAACUUGAUGAUAUGGAUUUAUGGAGUCGAUUUUAUACAUUAGGAAAUGAAAUGAUUAUAACAAAUAGGAAUGGUCGUCGUCUAUUUCCUAAUCUUCGGGUUUCUGUUAGUGAACUUGAUCCAAAUACAAAAUAUAUGAUUCUAUUAGAUAUUGUUCCUAUGGAUGAUAAUCGCUAUAAAUAUCAUGAAUCUGCAUGGAAUAUAUCUGGUAAAGCUGAACCACAUAUUUAUGGAAGAUAUUAUGUUCAUCCUGAUAGCCCACAAACAGGUUCACAAUGGAUGAAACAAUCAAUUCUUUUUAAUAAAGUUAAAAUAACAAAUAGUCCAAUGCAAAAUCCUAAUCAUAUUAUUCUUAAUUCAAUGCAUCGUUAUAUUCCUCGUUUACAUAUUGUACAAGCAUCGGAUAGUUAUUCUAUGCGAACAGGUCCUUUAAGUACAUUUAUUUUUGAAGAAACAGUGUUCAUUGCUGUUACGGCUUAUCAAAAUGAUCAAAUUACUAAAUUAAAAAUUAAUAAUAAUCCAUUUGCAAAAGGUUUUCGUGAACCAACUCAUGUUAAAAAAAUUAAUUCUAAACCAUUGAAACGUCUUCAAUCAUGUCUUCCAUCUGAUAAACCAUUAAAAUAUGAUGAAAAUCUUCAUCGUCCAUAUAAAUGUGAUUCAUCAUUAUUAUCAAUAAAUUCCAAUUCACCACCAUUACAAUCGACAAUGCAUGGAGCUAUAGCUGAUUCUACGACACCAACAUAUUUAGAUAAUAGUGUUGGUGAUCAUGAACAAGACAGUGAUAUAAAUUCAAUGAAUUUUUCAACAUCAUAUCAUCAACAUUUUCCAUCAAAUUCAUUUUACAGUAGUUAUGCCAGUGAUCCAACACCAAUGAUUUAUAAUCCGGCUUAUACAUAUAUGGGACCAACAUCAAAUCAAAUACCAUCAACAUCUACUCCAAUGCAUUUUAAUCCGUAUGGACGUUAUCCAACAUCAGUUUAUCAAACAAAUAAUUACAAUCCAUCAUUUUUUUGA